GCAGAAUUUUGGCAAAACAGCAAGCAGUGUUUACUCGGUCACUGACAUCUUUAGAUUAGAGGAGCAGAUAAUUUAUAAAAUACUUGUUACUUAAUUUGAAACCCGGCCAGACUUGAGAGAGGCACAGUCAUCCGCAGUCUCCGCAUUUUGCUGAUAACAGAAAUUAAGGAAUAAUGUCAUCGCUAGAAGUCUUCAUGAUGGCUGGCAGCCCUCCAAGCUCUGCAGUGCUGGCUCUUCUGGCCGAGAUCAAAGUUCCGUUCCAAUCAACUGAAUUAGACUAUUUCAAUGGGGACCAUUUGACUGAGGAAUUUGCCAAGCGCAAUCCUCAAAAAGAGGUGCCCGUUAUCAAGGAUGGCGACUACGAACUGAGUGAAAGUGUGGCCAUAAUGCAAUAUCUUGCUGAUGCUUAUGGAGAAAAUUUCCCUGACUUGUACCCAAAAGAUCCGAAGCGCCGAGGAAUUGUCAACCAGCGCCUGGCCUUCAACCUUUGCAAUUUCUACGCCAAUGUUUAUGCCUUUACAUUUGGGAUAGUCUAUGGAGGGGAUGCUGAAAAAACCAAACCAGCUGUGAUCAAAUCCCUGCUGGUUCUUGAAACAAUUUUGAAAGCCCAAGGAACUAAGUUUGCUGCUGGAGAAAACUUUACCAUUGCUGACAUUGGAUUGCUUGCCACUGCCAUUUGCUUGGACGCUGCUGGCUUUGAUUUGAAACCAUACCCCACAGUGGCCAAGUGGUACGAUGAGUGCAAAAAUCGCUCACCUGUGUGGGACACCUUUAAGACGUGUCGAGACGACUUGCACGACUUCUUCAACAACCCUCCGAGCAAGGAAUUGAUUGAAAAAGCAGUGAAAAAUCGUGAGAAAAGCUUUGAAAAGUCAGAGCUUUAAUCACAGUUAACUGCAAAGUACCUAAAUUGAGAUGUGCAGGGGAUUUUGAAUCCGUCCGCAGUUAAAAUUUGUAAUGGAUCAAGUCAUUCCGCAAACAAAAGUUGUGUUUAUUUGUAUGAUUUUCUGGUCAAUAGAUGUUCCUUCAAAUAAAAACAUCAUUUCCGA